CUCCGUCCCCCGCGGGUCUGCUCCGUGUGCCAUGGACGGCAUCGUCCCAGACAUAGCAGUUGGUACAAAGCGGGGAUCCGACGAGCUCUUCUCCACGUGUGUCAGCAACGGCCCCUUCAUCAUGAACAGCUCGACUUCAGCAGCCAAUGGAAAUGAUAGCAAGAAGUUCAAAGGCGACAACAGGAGCACGGGGGUUCCAUCCAGAGUCAUCCAUGUCCGCAAGCUACCUAGUGAUGUCACUGAGGGCGAGGUCAUCUCCCUGGGGCUGCCCUUUGGGAAGGUUACCAACCUCCUUAUGCUGAAGGGGAAGAAUCAGGCCUUCAUUGAAAUGAACACGGAGGAGGCUGCCAAUACCAUGGUCAACUAUUACACCUCAGUGGCACCCGUGCUGCGGGGACAGCCCAUCUACAUCCAGUUCUCUAACCACAAGGAGCUCAAAACUGACAGCUCGCCCAACCAGGCGCGUGCCCAGGCAGCCCUGCAGGCCGUGAACUCUGUGCAGUCUGGAAAUCUGGCCUUGGCAGCCUCUGCUGCUGCCGUGGAUGCUGGAAUGGCAAUGGCAGGCCAGAGCCCAGUGCUCAGGAUCAUUGUGGAAAACCUCUUCUACCCAGUGACCCUGGACGUGCUGCACCAGAUCUUCUCUAAGUUUGGUACAGUCCUGAAGAUCAUCACAUUCACCAAGAACAACCAGUUCCAGGCGCUGCUGCAAUAUGCUGACCCUGUGAGCGCCCAGCACGCUAAGCUGUCGCUGGAUGGCCAGAACAUCUACAACGCCUGCUGCACGCUGCGCAUUGACUUCUCCAAGCUCACCAGUCUCAAUGUCAAGUACAAUAAUGACAAGAGCAGAGAUUAUACUCGGCCCGACUUGCCUUCUGGGGACAGCCAGCCUUCUCUGGACCAGACCAUGGCGGCAGCCUUUGGUGCGCCCGGCAUAAUGUCAGCCUCUCCGUAUGCAGGAGCCGGGUUCCCUCCCACCUUUGCCAUCCCUCAGGUCGCAGGUCUCUCUGUUCCUAAUGUCCACGGAGCGCUAGCCCCCCUAGCCAUACCUUCUGCUGCUGCCGCUGCUGCCGCUGGCCGCAUCGCCAUCCCAGGCCUGGCAGGCGCAGGGAAUUCUGUCCUUUUGGUCAGCAACCUGAACCCUGAGAGAGUCACACCCCAAAGCCUCUUUAUUCUCUUCGGCGUCUAUGGUGAUGUGCAGCGGGUGAAGAUUCUGUUCAACAAGAAGGAGAAUGCACUUGUACAGAUGGCCGAUGGCAGCCAGGCCCAGCUGGCCAUGAGCCACCUGAAUGGGCACAAGCUGCAUGGGAAGUCAGUGCGCAUCACACUGUCAAAGCAUCAGAGUGUGCAGCUGCCUCGUGAGGGACAGGAGGACCAGGGCCUGACCAAGGACUAUGGUAGCUCACCUCUGCAUCGCUUCAAGAAGCCGGACUCCAAGAACUUCCAGAACAUCUUCCCACCUUCAGCCACUCUGCACCUUUCUAAUAUCCCGCCCUCUGUGUCAGAGGAUGACCUCAAGAGCCUCUUCUCCAGCAACGGUGGUGUGGUCAAAGGCUUCAAGUUCUUCCAGAAGGACCGCAAGAUGGCACUGAUCCAGAUGGGCUCCGUGGAGGAGGCAGUGCAGGCGCUGAUUGAGCUGCACAACCAUGAUCUGGGCGAGAACCACCAUCUGCGUGUGUCCUUCUCAAAAUCUACCAUCUAGAUGCACGUGGGCCUGCGACAGCUUCCACCAUUCCAGAAAAAGCCACUUUAAAAGCAGCUGAAGUGACCUUACAGACCAGAGAUUUUAUUUUUUUAAAGAGAUCAGUUUACCUGUUUUUAAAAAAAUUAAAUCUAGUCUACUUUGCUGUGGCGGGAAAUGGCUUAGGCCACAGAGGCCCAGUCAGGCCCGGCACCAUGCCUUGAGGAGCUCAGGCGUGAGGCCACAGCGGUGCCCCCGAACACAGCCGCUUUCUCGUGCCUUACAAAACCAGCCCACUUGCGGCCACACACUCACCCUCUCAAGCCACCAAGUCUGUCGCUAGACCUGCCGGUGAGCCGAGGCCUGCACUACAGGCCCCUAUGCCGUGCAGGAACCGUGGCCACCGCCCCCACCCC